AUGUUAGAACGCUAUAUCAAACACAAUUUUGGUACAGGAGGAGUCGAGGUUCAACCAAAAUUAUCAUUCGGUAAUAACGGUAUUGGAGUGUCACUCGGCGGCGGUCUGAAUUUUGGAUUAUCGGAUAACGAUAAGAAACACGAGAAGAAAGAACAUUCCGAUGAACACAAUAAAUCCAAAAAAUAUUACAAAUGGUGGGGGGAGGAAUCCAGCAACCACGAAAUCUCGGAAACAAUCGGUAAUAAUAAAGGUGGCAAGAAACACAAUGGUGGACACCACACUGGAUCACACGAAGAUCACAGUUAUUGGGACGAAGGAGGAAUAAUCUAUGUACCGUUUCAUGACGAAAACGAAUGGGGCGAUAACGACAAAGGACAUUCGAUAAAAGAAAAAGGAACGAGUAGCGAUGAAAACGACGAUGUGCAUAUAGGAGGAAUUAUCCUUUUGCCGUGGGGAGAAUCCGAUAGUACUUCGAGCAGUAGCGACAGCAAAUACGAGAGCGAAAGCAAAUCUCACAAACACCAGAAUAAUUAUGAUGAAAAGAAAAAAGGUGCUGACAGCACUCACAUAAAAGAAGUCGUAAUUUCCCAUGGCAACGGUGGGCAAUCCAAUACUAACGAUAAAGAACACAAUGGAAAACAGCAUGAUAAUCAUAGUGGAAAGAAAGAAGGCAAUAGUGGCGUCCAUGUAGGAGUAAGUGGAGAAAAAAAAAUCAUAAUCUCCCAUAGUAACGGUGGGCAAUCCAGUACUAGCGAUAAAGAACACAAUGGAAAACAGCAUAAUGAUCAUAGUGGAAAGAAAGAAGGCAAUAGUGGCGUCCAUGUAGGAGUAAGUGGAGAAAAAAAAAUCAUAAUCUCCCAUAGUAACGGUGGGCAAUCCAGUACUAGCGAUAAAGAACACAAUGGAAAACAGCAUAAUGAUCAUAGUGGAAAGAAAGAAGGCAAUAGUGGCGUCCAUGUAGGAGUAAGUGGAGAAAAAAAAAUCAUAAUCUCCCAUAGUAACGGUGGGCAAUCCAAUACUAGCGAUAAAGAACACAAUGGAAAACAUCAGAAUGAUCAUAGUGGAAAGAAAGAAGGCAAUAGUGGCGUCCAUGUAGGAGUAAGUGGAGAAAAAAAAAUCAUAAUCUCCCAUAGUAACGGUGGGCAAUCCAAUACUAGCGAUAAAGAACACAAUGGAAAACAUCAGAAUGAUCAUAGUGGAAAGAAAGAAGGCAAUAGUGGCGUCCAUGUAGGAGUAAGUGGAGAAAAAAAAAUCAUAAUCUCCCAUAGUAACGGUGGGCAAUCCAAUACUAGCGAUAAAGAACACAAUGGAAAACAUCAGAAUGAUCAUAGUGGAAAGAAAGAAGGCAAUAGUGGCGUCCAUGUAGGAGUAAGUGGAGAAAAAAAAAUCAUAAUCUCCCAUAGUAACGGUGGGCAAUCCAAUACUAGCGAUAAAGAACACAAUGGAAAACAUCAGAAUGAUCAUAGUGGAAAGAAAGAAGGCAAUAGUGGCGUCCAUGUAGGAGUAAGUGGAGAAAAAAAAAUCAUAAUCUCCCAUAGUAACGGUGGGCAAUCCAAUACUAGCGAUAAAGAACACAAUGGAAAACAUCAGAAUGAUCAUAGUGGAAAGAAAGAAGGCAAUAGUGGUGUCCAUGUAGGAGUAAGUGGAGAAAAAAAAAUCAUAAUCUCCCAUAGUAACGGUGGGCAAUCCAGUACUAACGAUAAAGGACACCACACAAAACAGCAAAAUGGUGGAAAGAAGGAAGGCAUCCAUAUGAAAGAAGGAGGAAAAGUUAUAAUCUCGCACGGCAAUAAUGGACAAUCCAAUGGAAACCAUCAAAAUAAUCACGAUAAGAAAAAGGAAAACACUAACAGCACCCAUAUAGCAAAAGGAAAGGUCACAAUCUUCCAUGGCAAUGGUGAGCGCUCUAAUAAUAAUGAUCAAGGACAUAACGGAAAGGGGAAUGAAAAAAAUCACAUUAAAAAUGGAGGUGUUGUGAUAUCACACGGAGGACAUCAGAGUAGUCAUAAUGUAUCCAAGGGACAUCAAGGAUCAACGAAGAAGGAUAGUGGGCUAAAGGGAGGAAUUAACGGUCACGCAGGCGGAGGAAUAAAUAUUACACUAUCUCAUCAUCACGACGGAAAAUUCAAUAACGAUGGCAAGAAACACGAUAGCGGUAGUAGUUCUGCGGGUAACGGAAGUAUUACCAGUCAUGGAAAAGGAGGAAGUGUUGGUCACGGAAAAGGCAACGGUGUAAAAGAUUUGAACACAACCAUCCAUGGAAACUACGGUGGGAGUCAAAGCGGGAAUUUCGUAGAACAUGGUGGCGUGAUAACAAUUGGUGAUAAAGGUUCGAGCAAUCAUAAUAAGCACGGCCAACGUCGAAACAAAUGCGACGAAAUUCUCGGUAAUGCAAAAUGCGGUAGCGAUACUAAGGAGACGUUGAAAUUUAUUCAAACAUUCAUUCGCGUUUGCGACGUCAUCGUUCAUUUCUUGCUGGAGAUGAAUGAGGCAGAUUUACGUAACGUGCUGUGUCACAUGUCACCUCGCAACAGUAAACUUUCGUGCCAUCUAGGUUGCAAUGUGCAACGUAUCAGACCUGCCUUUAAAUUUGCCUGA